GCGCAGAGAAGCAAAACCCGAUUCUCGGGGUCAUUGUCCCCCAAACCGCAUCGUUGUUUAAUUGAUUGACCAAGUUAUAGACCAGACACGGAGCGGCCGUUAGGACGAAAUGGCGAUUAUGGGAGUCAGAGCGAUCUUCCACUGGACCCUGGACUACCUGCUGUCCUGGGCCCAAAACAACGAAUACGGUUGGAAGUCGUUCGACCGAAAGACCGGGCGGAUCGUCCGAGAGCAGCAACCGCUCACGAAGAAGCUGCGGCUGUUGCUUCUCUUCAACCCCCUAACUGAAUGGAUUGACACCACUCACGCGAUGCGGCUUUACAUUCACAACAAGUCCUUGAAAAAGGGGAAGAAAGAGGGCACUCCUGCCUCGCAUAAGCAGAUCAAGAGUUUCGUUGAGACCUACGGUAUCAAUAUGAAAGACUUCGACCCCUCGGAUAUCUCGCGGUAUGGCACCUUCGAGGAUUUCUUCGUCCGGUGUCAUGCCAAGGGUUCGCGACCGAUCCAUGAGCCUGACAACGCAGGCUCCGCCGUCGUAGUAGCCGACAGCCGAGUCGUCGCGUACGAGACGGUGGCAGAGACCAAGCGACUCUGGAUUAAGGGGGCAGACUUCAGCAUCACGAACGUGGUCAUGGACACGCUCCUCGGCGCCCAGUUCGACGGUGCUGCUGUGGCAUCAUUCCGGUUGUCGCCCCAGGACUACCACCGCUACCACUCGCCGGUUAAGGGACGCGUCAAGCUGUUUCGAAGCAUGCCGGGAGACUAUUACCAGGUUGACGCAAUUGCGCUGCACAGCAAGGUCGAUAUCCUCACACGAAAUGCGAGGGACUACGUCGUCAUCGAGACUGAUGAGUUCGGCGACGUGCUCUUCGUGGCAAUUGGCGCGACAGAGGUGGGGACCGUCAACAUGCAUGAGAAGUGGCGAAAACCCGGCGCCGAGAUCCAGAAGGGCGAGGAGCUUGGCAUAUUCCAGUUUGGUGGCUCCUCCAUCAUCGUGGCUUUCGAAAGGGGCCGGAUUCUGUUCGACAAGGAUUUGCUGGAUCUCAGUAAGAAUCGCAUCCAGGUUUCCGUCGAGGUGGGCAUGAGCUUAGGCACCGCGAAAAGGGUUUGAAUUGUCCAUGGAAAGAUGGACGGGCGCACACCCGAGGCAGUGUCAAUGAUCCUUACCUAGAGUAUCUGCUGAUCCUGGCAACAUCCUCCAUCCCAAGACAGUUCGACCACCGCGGAUGAGGCGGGCUGCAGAGGUCCCGAGGUCUACAGCAAGCAUUUGCAGCCCCUUCCAGCUCGUUUACGCCACGCUCCAUGGUCUGGCAGU